UAAUAAUCCUAUUUUCACUUGAGUUACACUUACACUUUUACACGUGCGAGAUCACUCUUCUUCUUCCUCCAUUUUUUGAAAAACAAAAGCUUCACUUCUUUGCUGCAACAUUCUCCCACUCCAAAGCGCUGAUCUCUUCUUUCCAGUUGUGCUGGUCUUUCUAUUGACCGAAUCAGAGGUCGAAACCACAUUCUGGAUAGGUCAUUCAUUCUUCAUCUCCGAUUGAUUCUCGUACUGUGUAGUUGGUUAGUUUGCCACCUUCAUUUGUUGAAUUUGCUCUUUCCAAGCCAAAAUGGCAAGGGGUAGACCCAAAAAAACUGUUAAAGCAGCCGAAUCUGUGCCUGAACCCAAGGAGCCUCAAAUUCAGACGCAGGAACCUAACUUCAUGGACCUUGAAAUCAAAGCAUUGGAGCGACAAAUCGGUGCAAUUAGGGCAGUUCAGGAGGUGAAAAUCGAUCACUUGGUGACGGAUUUGCGAUUGCUUCGCUCGUGUUUCAGCGAGGAACAGCUCCAGAAACCCGUGUUAGAGAUUUUUAAAGAAACUCUUCCAAAUUUGUCCAUUGUGAAUGAUAAAGGGAGUAACAAUUUUGAAGUGAUAUUGAAAGAUAAAGAUCCUAUGAAUAUGAACAUAAACCAUGGUGAUGUACAUGCUUCAUUGCUGCAAAAGUUGUCCAUGGCUUACCCUCACUGCUCCUCUUCAAUGCCUCCUUUUGCUGGUACCUUCGAACAUUCUUGCAAUGCAGAAGGGAGAACUAGCUUUAUUGGUGCUGAUAAUCUGUGUUUCAAGGAAUUUGCUUUGGAGGAGCCUUCUGAAACUCAGACUUUAGCGAUGCAAGAAGGUCUUCUGACUCCCGGGGUGAGUAGUCAGAGGUUGUCUGUUGGGAUGACGCCCAAAACACUUCGUGUUCCCAAGCCUGGCGAGAUGCUUCUCUCUGUUCAUGGAUCACCCCUAGGUGUUUACAAGGACAAUAACAUGGAAGCCAUAAAUGAAUCAGAGGAGGGUUGAAUUCUGGUGAAAUCUCCUGAAGGAUUGUAUAAACUAUUAGACAUUGUACUUUUGGGAUCAUACUUGUAGUCCUAGACAGUAGAUGUUAUUGACUUGUUGUCAUUAUCAAAGUAAGGUUUAAUGUCCUACUUGUGAUUAGUAGUAAUGUUGAAAGAUUAGUUCCUUUAAGUAUAUGAUGUCACAAUUGAAUUGCAAGAAUUUAUUAGAUAGCUAGACAUAGCUUGAGGGUUUCAUGAUCCAGGUGUAAUGUGUUACAAAACUGUGAGUGUUUUCUUCUUGUGCAGUUUUCUUUGUAAUCCAAGUGUCAAGGUUUAGCUCAUAAUUUCACUUGGUAGAUUAUUGCUUUU